AUGGAUUCGAUUACAGUAAAAAAACCUCGGUUAAGAUUGGUUUGCCUGCAAUGCAAAAAGAUCAAACGGAAAUGUGAUAAACUGCGGCCUGCUUGCUCGCGAUGCCAACAAAAUUCAUUACAGUGUGAAUAUGAAGAGAGAACAGAUUUAUCUGCCAAUGUUGCAGCAAACGACUCUGAUGGAUUCAAUUCCUCUCAUAAGCUCAAUUUCGAACAGCAACCUGUACUUGAAAGGACUGGGCUUAGAUAUUCCUUACAAGUGCCUGAAGGUGUCGUUAAUGCUACGCUGUCGAUAUGGAACGCCGAAGAUAUGCUAGUUAUAGUAGGAUUAGUUACAUUUCUGGAUUAUCCUUUUGCUGCGCAUAGUCUGGCGCAACAUGACCAGUAUAUCAGGGCACUUUGUGCUUCGUUGUACGGCAUGGCGCUUGUUGACUUUAGCAAUUAUGCUAAUGGUAUUCCUUGUGAAGACACAUCAAGAAGUAUACUAGGACCAUUGUCAUUCAUAGAAAAGGCCAUUUUUAGACGGAUAGAACAUAGUAAGCAAUUUCGAGUUCAGUCUGCCGCCUUAGGGUUAUUAUACAAUGCAUUUUCAAUGGAAGAAGAAAACUUCUCGACUCUUCUACCGUCACUCAUCGCUGAAGUGGAAGACGUGUUGAUGCAAAAAAAAGACUGUGAAAUACUUUUGAGGUGUUUCUAUCAAAAUAUUUAUCCCUUCUAUCCUUUUAUGGACAUUUCACUCUUUGAGAGCGAUCUCACUAGUUUGCUUUUACAAGACGACAAUAAUCGUUGGAAAAUUAGUACUGAAGUUAAAAAUGUGCGCAAAAAAAUAGAAACUUUGUCAUUACUUACAAUAGUAAUGGCCAUGGCCUUGAUGCAUUCAAAAUUGGAUGCAAAUCUUCUUUCAAUGGUAAAAGAAAAUGCCUCCGAAAGUGCCAGGAAACUUUCUCUUUUAUGUCAUAAACUAUUAUGCCUCCUGGAUGUAUUUCGCUAUCCAAAUGAGAACACUUUUACUUGCCUUUUAUAUUUCUACGUUUCAGAGCAUUUAGAUCCCGAGAGUCCCGAUUGUGUACUGAGCCCCACUAACUUGCUUACUCUGCACCAUCUUUUAAAUUUGUCCAUGACCUUAGGUCUUCAAUAUGAGCCUUCGAAGUACAAACGUUUCAAAGAUCCAGAAGUGAUAAGGCAGAGACGGAUAUUAUGGUUAGGAGUUCAGUCAUUACUUUUUCAAAUUUCUCUUGCUGAAGGUGAUGCUGGUAAAUCAAAUAGUGAAUAUAUGGAGGCAUAUUUAACAGACUUCGAAGAAUAUAUUGAAGCUUCCUCAGAGUAUGAAAAAAGUUCUGCGAGUGAAUCGAACGUGCAAAUGAAUGAUAUUGUUUGGAAUAAGUACAAAUUUCACGUCAUUUUGAGUAAACUAAUGUCUGAUUGCACUUCAGUUAUACAACAUCCGCAGCUUUUCCACAUUUUAGGAAAUAUUAAAAGAUCUGAAGAUUUUAUGGCUGAGAACUUUCCUACAAGUUCGAUUUACCAACCCCUUCAUGAAAAGGAACCAAAUGCGAUCAAAGUUGGCAAAAGUACGGUUCUCGAUGUCAUGGAUAUUCAAAAAACUGAAAUAUUUCUUACAAAUAUUGUGGGAAGUAUGUGUUUUUUAAACAUUUUUGAUGUCCUAUCGUUACAUUUUGAAAAAAAAUGUGUUAUGCACUGGGAAGAAUAUGAAAAGAACUAUCAUUUCCUUACUUUGAAAAGUUUCAAUGCAUACUUAAAGCUAGCAGGGUUGAUAUCUGAUUAUCUCGAGAAUAAGUUUCAAGGGAACAUUUUAGAGAGUCGCGGUUAUAUCAUAGAUAAACAAAUAUGUUUUAUGCUUGUAAGGAUCUGGAUGUUCCAAUGUCGUAUUUUGUUAAGGUUUUCAUACAAGCAAGAAAGUCAGAAAAAAUUGGCCUCUUCCAGUAUAUCCACUAACGAUAAUGAAAAAGAAGAUGAAAUGAUUGUCAUUUUAGAAAGACUUAUUAAACACAUUCGUAACCAAAUGGCACAUUUAGUGGAUCUAGCAAAGGGAAAACUUCAAGAUAGUUACUUUGGUGCUUACCAAACUGUUCCCAUGUUUAGAUACGUUGUGUAUUUGAUCGAUGUUGGCGGCUUAGUAUCUGUGACAAAUGGGUUUUGGGAUAAGAUUUCCAGUGAUGGUGAAAUACCGCCAAAAGUACAACAAGCCGUGAGAUUGAAAUGGGGAUUGGACUGCAAUAAUUCGAGAAGAAUCAAACAAAAGUUAAUAAGCAGCCAGAGUUUGCAGAGUUUCAAUCAAGUUCUGUUGUGCCAGAUGGAGGAUGCAGUUCUCUCCAGUUCCUUCGCAAUAAAAGCCAAUACCGCUAUGUCCCAAAACACGGCUGAAGAAUUUUUCAAUAUCAGCGAAGAAGAGGCUUUAAAUCAACUAUUGGAAAACAACAAUUUUGAUGCCUUCUGGGAUUUAUUAGGUGAAAAUCUGAGCGAUAUGCCUUCUUUGUGA